AUGGUAGCGCAUGCUCUUUCUACAAGUGCAUCAGGUCUAAUCAAGUCCCGAACGGACUUUCGAAACGGGGAGAUUGCUACAGUCGGUGCUGCGAGCAAGUCCUCGAGUCUAGCAUCGCCUGACAGAGACGAAGGCGACUACACUGAUGGCGAUAGCGGCAAUGACUGUGGCUUCUCCAAGAGCGAAGAGCAGGACAGGAAUGACUGUAAAAAGAAGUUCAUCUGCUCAUACUACGGCUGUGGAAAAGGCUAUUCCACCGCAAGUCAUCGGUCCCGCCACGAGUUGAGCCACAGCCGCAGUCAAGUUUACUAUUGCAACUUUUCUGGUUGUAGCCGUUCCUUCGUUCGACUAGAUCUAUACACCCGUCACAAGGAGAGACAUGUGCUUUGCGGCUCGCAACUACUGCGCAGAGACAUCUCCAGAAAACGCAAUCCAUACCUCAACGUGGCAGCCACACUCAAUGCGAACGAUGCAUCACUUUCGAGUUUAUACACCAUGAAAACUGAGGAAAUGCAUGGCGUGCAACACCCAUUCUAUAGCGCCUCCAUAAUUGGCUCUGGUCACCAAAUGCCUCCCAACCCUAUUACCAUCCUUAGUAGCCUAAAUCCGCCGCAGAGACCGGUGAGCGACGGCAUCUAUGGCAGCGACUCAGAGACUGAGCCCCACGACAUGCAGUCCCAGAGCUAUGGAGACUUUGCACUCCUAUUGCGCGCCGCGGCUCUGGACGGCUAUAGUACAGGUCACGCCUCUCUCCACAACCACCCUCAUGCGGAUGAUGAGAACCUUGCAUCGCCCGGUCUACGCGCGCAGACGUCAAAUACCAGCUCAUGUGGCUCAAGGUCAUCCCCGGUCGACUACCAGGCCAGCGCUGGUGGGUAUAGUUCACUGCAGAACCCCCCUUCCUCUGCCUUAUCUCCACCAGAAUAUGUCCGACCAACAGACAUGCCUGUUUCUCGAAGACAAGAGAAUCAGAUCUACAAUAACACGUAUAAUCAAUCACCAUUCGCCAUGGCUGACGACUUCAAGGCAUGGCUUCUCAACAGCAACCAGUUCAGCUCAGGAGGCUCACCACACAUAAAUUAUCCAAGUGCAGUAUACCCAGUAGCUGAUGCGUGGCCGCAAACUGAAUCUCAAGAACUGCCUUUCGACUACAUACACCCUGUCGCUAGCUACCUGAACAACCCGGCUCGAUCUGCGUAUCUAAUAUCUGUUCAGAACACAUUGGACACCUCGCUUCCCGAAACUGUACUGCUCGAUGAGAAGCGCAAAGACCUCCUUGAUCUUAUUCGCUUGCGCUUCAACGGAACAGGUCACGCACCAGUCAUGGCGCAAAAGGAAGCUAUCAUGAAGGGCAACAAAGACGACUGCCGCCACGUACUGAGUCUGUACAUGAUGCAAUCGUACAUCAGCUCGUACUGGAACCACGUCCACCCACAGUUACCGAUUCUCCACAAGCCAACAUUCGACGCAAGCACAUGUCCCGAGCUCCUACUGCUCGCCAUCAUGUGUCUCGGAGCUUCUUCCUUGGAAAAGAACUACGAUCAAGAGACGACACAGUCUUGUGCUCAGCUAUCUGACUUCUUGGCGUGGCACUUGCGUUGGGCGCUUCUCAUGGACCCCAACGCCCGUCCACCAGCGAAACUAUGGGCAAUUCAGAGCCUGCUCCUUGUCGAGGUCUUUGAGAAGAUGUACUCCACACGUCUGCUGCAUGAAAGGGCGCACGUCUACCAUGCCACCACAUGGACGCUGCUAAGGCGAGGAAACUCGUUGAACGGGCGGUCAGUGACAGACUCGCAUCCUGGCGUCAAAGAAAAAUCAAGUCAUGGCAUCAGCGGAACAGACAGACUCGAUGAGUGGUGGAGACGUUGGAUCACGGAAGAGGCUACUAGAAGAGCAGCAUUCGCGGCCUUCGUCAUCGACAGCAUGCAUGCUACCGUGUUCGGCCAAAGCGCUGUCAUAGCUACUCACGAGAUGCGUCUUCCGCUGCCAUGUGACGAAGCUCUCUGGUCUGUAAGAAGUAGUUCUGAAGCUCGUCAGGCUAUGCAGUCAGAUUGCGUCUAUCCAAUAUCCUUCCUUGACGGCCUUAAGAAAACGUUCAACAAGGAAGCGGUAAAAACUAGUCCGUUCGGACGCAUGAUACUUAUGGCAGGCUUGCUGAGCGUGUCAUGGCAUGUGAACCAGUGGGAUCUACAAACCAGCUCGCUUGGCAUGACAGCAGCACUCGAUACACAAGACAAGCGGCUAGCAUCCUUGACCCACGCUCUUGACAUCUGGAGGCAGGAAGACUGCCCUGCUCCGGAUCCACAUGGGUGUCGGGAUGGUACUGGCGACGAUGACAUCUCUGAAUCCCAGGCUGUCCUAUACCACCUGGCAAACAUGGCCACACAUGUCGAUUUUGUCGACUGCCAGAUCUAUGCUGGUGCUUCCGAAGUACUUGGGGAGCCGAUAACCCUACAGGACUUUAAAGACGCAAAACGCCGGAUGGAGCAAUGGGCUCCCACCCCCCGAGCCCGACACGCCACGUUCCAUGCCUUCUACUUGCUUUCCCGCGUCAUGGUCAGAAGAGGCCGCAGCCCGAACCCCAGCAACCCAUCCAGCGACAUUUCCUCCUACUCCGCGCGCGACGACCACAUCCCAUACCGAUCAUGGGCGCUUUAUCUGGCCACACUCGUUGUCUGGUCGUACGGCUUUGCGCUAGAAGGACCGGUUCAGACGCCGCACCAACUCUUGUACUACGAACGCAAGGUCGAGGAUAUGGUGGUGUACCUCAAUCGCAUGGGCGGCGUGAAAACACCUGAAGAUCUGAGUAAGACUUCGCAUCGCAAUGCUUGCUUGGGGCUGCUGAUCAUCAUGCGAGACUUGUUCAAGCAGACUAGGUGGGAGUUGCUGCAGGAGGCAGGUCAUUUGUUAACAAAGUGCAUCGAGAGGCUACUUUCUCACGCAACCACUGUGUGA